CUGAGCUGGGCCCAGCCUCUCCCUUCCUCUCCUCGGUCCCAGCUCCCGGCGAGCCGUGGCCUGUCUGAAGAGCAUGCUGCCUCCUCACUCCCCGCCUGGCCUCGCCAUCCCCGCCCCCCCAGCCUGACCCCCGGCACCAGCAUGGCCCAGGGUGCCAUGCGCUUCUGCUCGGAAGGCGACUGUGCCAUAUCCCCCCCAAGAUGCCCGCGCCGCUGGCUCCCCGAAGGCCCCGUGCCCCAGAGCCCCCCGGCCAGCAUGUAUGGCAGCACAGGCUCCCUGCUACGGCGGGUGGCAGGUCCUGGUCCCCGAGGCCGGGAAUUAGGACGAGUGACAGCACCCUGUACACCCCUGCGUGGCCCCCCCUCACCGCGUGUGGCUCCCUCCCCCUGGUCCCCCUCUUCACCCACUGGGCAGCCCCCGCCGGGGGCCCGGAGCUCUGUGGUCAUAUUCCGAUUUGUGGAGAAGGCCAGCGUGAAGCCACUGAAUGGGCUGCCUGCCCCUGGGGGCUUGAGUCGGAGCUGGGAUCUGGGUGGGGUCUCUCCUCCCAGGCCCACCCCAGCCCUUGGGCCUGGCUCCGGCCGGAAGCUGCGCCUGGAAGCAUCCACUUCAGACCCACUGCCAGCUGGGGCUGGUGCCACGCUGCCUGGAGCCCAGGGCCUUUCUCAUGGGCCACCAGCCCAACCUCAAGUUGGGGCCGAGGGCCUUUACUCCUCUCUCCCCAACGGGCUGGGGGGACCCUCUGAACACCUGGCCACACUAUUCCGAGGACCUGCUGACCCUGGCCUCCUGAACCAGGGGGACACCUGGUCCUCCCCCCGGGAAGUCUCCUCUCAUGCCCAGAGAAUCGCUCGAGCCAAGUGGGAAUUCUUCUAUGGCUCCUUGGACCCCCCCAGCUCAGGUGCUAAGCCCCCAGAGCAGUGCCCCCCAUCUCUGACUGGGGUGGGAGCAGGGCAGGGCUCUGGGGUGGCUGUGGGGCGAGCAGCCAAGUACUCCGAGACGGACCUGGACAUGGUGCCCCUGCGGUGCUACCGCGAAACCAACAUUGACGAGGUGCUGGCCGAGCGGGAGGAGGCUGACUCGGCCAUCGAGAGCCAGCCCAGCUCUGAGGGCCCGCCUGGUACCGUCCGUGCCGCCGCAGUACGGCCCAGCCCCCGUCGUGGCCCUUGUCGUCGGAGUCUGAGCAGUGGCAGCGAAGAGGAGGAGGAGGCUGAGGCGGGUGGGGAAGAGGAUGUGGACGACGAGGUGUUUGAGGCCUCAGAAGGGGCCCGGCCCGGCAGCCGAAUACCUCCCUCUGGGCCUCUCAAGUCGCCUGUCCCCUUUCUUCCCGGGACCAGCCCCUCUGCGGAUGGGCCUGACUCUUUCAGCUGUCUGUUUGAAGCCAUCUUGGAGUCACACCGGGCUAAGGGCACCUCGUACACCAGCCUCACCUCCCUGGAGGCCCUGGCCUCACCUGGCCCAACCCAGAGCCCCUUCUUCACCUUUGAGCUGCCUCCCCAGCCCCCAGCCCCCUGGCCCGACCCACCUGCUCCUGCCCCCCUUGCUCCCCUGGAACCAGAUUCUGGGACCAGCUCGGCUGCCGACGGGCCCUGGGUCCAGAGAGGGCUUGAAGAGGAGGCCGAGGCUGGAGCUAAGCAGGCCCCUGGCGGGGCGCCCGCUAGCCCCUGCCGCUCAGAGGACAGCUUUGGGCUAGGAGCAGCCCCCCUGGGCAGUGAACCCCCGCUGAGCCAGCUGGUGUCGGACUCAGACUCUGAGCUGGACAGCACGGAGCGGCUGGCCCUGGGAAGCACAGACACGCUGUCCAACGGGCAGAAGGCAGACCUGGAGGCCGCGCAGCGCCUGGCCAAGAGGCUGUACCGGCUGGACGGCUUCCGGAAGGCAGACGUGGCCCGCCACCUGGGCAAGAACAAUGACUUCAGCAGACUUGUGGCUGGCGAGUAUCUCAAGUUCUUUGUCUUCACUGGCAUGACUCUGGACCAAGCUCUCAGGGUGUUUCUGAAGGAGCUGGCCCUCAUGGGAGAGACCCAGGAGCGGGAGCGCGUGCUGGCCCACUUCUCCCAGAGAUACUUCCAGUGCAACCCGGGCGCCCUGUCUUCAGAGGACGGCGCGCACACGCUGACCUGCGCCCUCAUGCUCCUCAACACCGACCUGCACGGCCACAACAUCGGGAAGCGCAUGACCUGUGGCGACUUCAUCGGGAACCUGGAGGGUCUCAACGAAGGCGGCGACUUCCCCCGGGAGCUGCUCAAGGCCUUGUACAGUUCCAUCAAGAAUGAAAAGUUACAGUGGGCCAUCGACGAGGAGGAGCUGAGACGCUCUCUGUCUGAGCUGGCCGACCCCAACCCCAAGGUCAUCAAGCGGGUCAGCGGGGGCGGUGGCAGCGGCUCCAGCCCGUUCCUGGACCUGACUCCCGAGCCCGGGGCGGCCGUCUACAAGCACGGGGCCCUGGUGCGCAAGGUGCACGCAGACCCCGACUGCAGGAAGACACCUCGGGGCAAGCGGGGCUGGAAGAGCUUCCACGGUGUCCUCAAGGGCAUGGUCCUCUACCUGCAGAAGGAAGAGUACCAGCCCGGGAGGGCCCUGUCCGAGGCCGAGCUCAAGAACGCCAUCAGCAUCCACCACGCGCUGGCCACGCGCGCCAGUGACUACAGCAAGCGGCCCCACGUCUUCUACCUGCGCACGGCUGACUGGCGGGUCUUCCUCUUCCAGGCCUCGAGCCUGGAGCAGAUGCAGUCCUGGAUCACCCGCAUCAACGUGGUGGCCGCCAUGUUCUCGGCGCCCCCUUUCCCAGCUGCCGUGAGCUCCCAGAAGAAGUUCAGCCGCCCUCUGCUGCCCAGCGCUGCCACCCGCCUCUCCCAGGAGGAGCAGGUGCGGACCCACGAGGCCAAGCUGAAGGCCAUGGCAAGCGAGCUGCGGGAGCACCGCGCCACCCAGCUGGGCAAGAAGGCCCGGGGCAAGGAGGCUGAGGAGCAGCGGCAGAAGGAGGCCUACCUGGAGUUCGAGAAAUCCCGCUACGGCACGUACGCUGCGCUGCUUCGGGUCAAGCUGAAGGCCGGCAGCGAGGAGCUGGAUGCUGUAGAGGCUGCGCUGGCCCAGGCCCGGAGCACGGAGGAGGCCCACCCCCCAGCUCACUCCAGCCCCUCCCUCCAGCCCCCCUCCUCCAGCCAGCCCAGGGCCCAGGGCCACGGUUCUGAGGCUCGCGCCAGGGCAGGCAGUGGGCGGCGGAAGCCCUGAGCCGGGGUGGGAGUGUGUGGGGGUGAUGCCCACGGGGCACCUGCAUGACGUGGUCCUGCCUGAGCCCGGGCCGGCCUCGGGUCACCCAUGAGGACACCUUGGCCCAGGGCCUGACCGCGCCGGACGCGGUGUCCGGGGCAGGGCAGGGCUAGGGCGUGAGCCCUGGGAGCCCAGGCCAAGGACCCCUCCGAGACCCCCUUUUUGUGAUAAUGUUUUGCACUUUUUCGUACAGGGGGCUGGGGCGGGAGGGGCCAGGGCCCCAGGACUUUUGAUGCUCUUUUCUUUUCGUGGGGGAGGCCUGACGACAUUUCCGCUUUCUGCUGAGACCACCCCACCCUGACACCAGCAAUCGCCUCCAUCCUGGGGCCUGGUCAGACGGAGGCCAGGAGCUGGGGCUGAGCUGGUUUCUCUCCUUCCUCCCUGAGCGCUCCCCUUCUCUCCCUCCUGCGGUGGAAGGGCGUCCGUGCCGAGCCCCAGACCCCGGCUGGGGCGGCGUGGCCUGGCUCCCCGUCCUUUGGGGAGCCCUGCCCUCUAUAGAGCCUCCACCCCCAUUAAAACUGCUCUGGACUUG